AUGAUGAACCGCAGGUCGUGUCAGCUGGUCGAGGCGGUGUGCAGCGGGGCGACGUUUGAAGGUAUAAAAUGGUCUGCUAUUUCUAGAAAAUUUCGUGGCACCUUUUUGAGCAGAUUCCCCGGGGGGAUAUCCCGGAGGAAUUUCUUCUUCUUCAAAAAGGAGAGUGACAAAAUAGGAGAAACAACAAAUUUGCUGGCAAAACUGAAUUUAAAAAAAUUCAUAAAAAAAGGAAGAAAUGGGGAAGGGAUAACCUACUCGGAGGAGGCGGAGAGAAGGAAGGAGAACUGCAUUGGUCAAUCGUUAGGCCAAACCAAUAAGGAGAAUCUUCAAAAUGUAGACACGCUAAGUGAAGGAGACGUAGAAAGAAUAGAUAAAAUUCUUGCAGAGUUAAUCAGAGAGACAAAGCAGCGAAAUGGAGAGGGACACCUGCUAGAAUUGAUCGGAUUAAGAAGCAACGGAGAAAAUAUCACACAAGCCAGUCUUGUAUGCAUACGUACAUGCGAUAGUAUACUAAAAAAAAUGUGCAAAGAGGAAAAUAUUUUUAAAAUUGUUAACAUGGUAGAUACAGUUUCAAAUAACUUAUGCAAAUUAGGAGACGCGCUGGAACUGCUCAGGAAUCUACACACAAACCAAGGGGUAAUGGCCAGGGCACAUGAGGCCUUGGAGAAGCUAACCACCUACAUCGAUCUAAUUAAUAUUGACGAAAAAAUUUACCAUUUUUUAAAAACAAAAUAUGAACAGCAUGCACAUAGGUUAGAUCAGGAACACGCAGAAGUUCUGCUCAACAUGAUCGUCUCCAUGGAAAACCAAGGGGUCCACAUAAAGGAUAAGAAGCAAAGGAGAGAAUAUUUGGAACUGCAGGCACAAGAAAAAUAUAUUUCCUUUCAUGCUACAUCGAACGUGGCAAAUGAAUAUGAUGGGGUGUUCAUACAAAAGAGGAGACUCCUGCCUUUUAUCGAUGAGCAGGUGAUACAUAGUUACCAGGAAAAAAUAAAACCUUUUAUUGAAAAUGGAAAAGUAAAAAAAAAUAACACACGUGAAAGACUCGACCCAGCCGAGUGGGUAUUUCUCCUCCAGGACAGCUCCUUCAUCAUGACGGUGCUUGAAAAUGUCAAUGAUGAAGAGGUAGCAAGGAGCGCCCAUGCGCUACUGAAGAAGCCAAACCAGACAUUCCUAAAAAACAUACUGUUGCUGCAGUACUAUAGAAAUAUGCUAACCCAGUUUCGAAAUUUUAAAAACUUCAGUGAGUACUCUCUAAAAAAUUGCAUCCUAAACAGCCCCGACAAGGUGCACUAUUUUUUGAGGAAUUUUUUUAAUACUAUUUUGCCCCACUUUUUUGAAGAACUGAGGUUUGUGGAGAGGUACAUCGACGCGGUUUCAUCCAGAGCGCAGAAGACGAAGGCGAGGCGUUCCGACGGGGGUGCAGUGUGCGCUACGGUCGAAGACGCCCCAGAAAAGGUCUCAGAUAGUACCUUGGAACCCCCUACGCAGUGGUUCAACUCAGCUGAUAACCACCCCCGCAGCAGAGACGAAGGAGGGAAGCGCUCCAAGCUAACCCCGGAAAACGUGUUCUACUACAUGAACCAAAUACGGAAGGAGAAGCUCCAACAGAUCGAGGCAGAAAUGAAAAACCGAUUGACUCUGUAUCAGGUUAUUCGCUUUGUUGUGAACCUCUUGAAGGAUUCCUACGCCUUGGAGAUGGUGAACGUUGCACCGUUGCCGAACGAACUGUGGGACGAGCGCAUAUUAAAAUUUGAGAUAAGGGACGGGAGCUACAUCUACGGGUACUUAUAUAUGGAUCUGUUUGAGCGGGAAAACAAGAGCCAUUCAAUUGCCCAGUACACCGUUCGGUGCUCCAAAAAUAUGAACGCCUGCUUGAAGCACCAGUGGUUUGAGGAAGGCGCGCGGGAGUUUCCCUUCUUCUACGCGGGCAUCGUGCGGGGCGGCAUGGACAUCGGAACGGGCAGCGAAAUUAGCGGCGAAAUUAGCGGCGGAACUAACCACGGAACGCCCAACUGCACGUCAGCCGGGAGCCAACCUCACCAACAAACCUACCAACAAACCUACCGACAAACCACGUCGACCUUCCUUGUGUGCAACUUCAGUACAAAAUUGAGCGCCCCCGAAGGAGCAGCCUCCGUUAGUAACCCCCCUCAGGAUAACAUCUUCAUAAAUGAACAGAUAGCCAACUCACUAGGAAGAAUAAAAAUGUCCCUCGACAAGGUCAACAUGUUUCUUCACGAAUUUGGACAUACCCUCCACUGCAUACUGAGCUCCACAUAUCUGCAGCAUCUGUCUGGAAAUAGGGGUGGCGUAGAUUUCUCAGAAUUUUCGUCUCACUUUUUUGAGGAGUAUUUAAACAGUUACGAUGCGUUGUUGCGACUGUACGGAGGGAAUGGAGAAGAGACAAAGGAGAGCCGCGAAAAGAUGGAGAAGAGCAGCGAAAGGAUGGAGAAGAGCAGCGAAAGGAUGGAGAAGAUUGUAAAAAGUUAUUUGGAUAGCAAAAACAUUCUCUGUUAUUAUUCCAUCAUGCAAGUGACGAUUCAGUCCAUCAUUGACCAGAUUUUUUAUUGCCUAUCGGACAAAUCCAGUUGUAUUUCUGAGCGAAAUGAAUUAAUUGAGAAGAAAAUAAAUGAGUACUUCUCCGGGGUGUACUACAAGGACAUAUUUAUACUCGAGUUGUUUCCGCAGAUCCAUUUUUCCAAAACGACACACAUCGUCCAUUAUCCUGCCAAUUAUUUCUGUUACCUGUACUGCUCCGUGUUGUCCAAAUAUGUUUGGGAGCGGACGUUCAAGCGGGAUUUGAUGAAUAGGGGGAAGGCAGCCGAAAUUGUGAACUUUAUGCGCGGGGGCUCGGUCAACUCCAGCUUAAGAAACAUCAUUGCACUGGUGGAAGAUGACCUGGAGAAGGUUCAGUACUACACGGAAAAUCCGCAACAUUUGCCACUUGAAGAUUUUUUGGAGCAUUACUCGAGUGGAAACAAGAACGAGGACGAUAGGACUAUGAAGCUAAAGAUUGUUCACUCU